AGACCAACAUCACUGUCCCAAGUUCUUGUGUUCACCAUUCUCUCUCUCGCCGGAGACCAGAAACUCCACCACUUCUCCGAAACCUCUCCUGAAGCUGCCAAUCACUUAUAUCUCCGGCGGCCCUGUCACGGAUCCAAUUAUGAUGAGCACCGGCGAGCUUCUCAGCAUCGAGCCAGAAGAGCUCCAGUUUCCCUUUGAAUUGAGAAAGCAGAUCUCUUGUUCUCUAAACUUGUCCAACAAGACCGACAAUUAUGUCGCUUUUAAGGUCAAAACGACAAAUCCAAAGAAGUACUGUGUGAGGCCUAACACUGGAGUUGUGCUGCCUAGGUCUACAUGCAACGUUAUUGUUACAAUGCAAGCUCAAAAGGAAGCACUGCCUGAUAUGCAAUGCAAAGAUAAGUUUUUACUUCAGAGUGUGGUUGCUAGUCCUGGAGCUACACCAAAGGAUAUAACUCCAGAGAUGUUUAAUAAGGAAUCUGGGCAUCAUGUUGAAGAGUGCAAGUUGAGGGUUGUUUAUGUCGCACCUCCUCAGCCUCCUUCCCCUGUCCGAGAAGGAUCUCAGGAAGGCUCUUCACCUGGGGCUUCAUUCUCAGACAAUGGUAGCUUGAAUGCUGCAGAAUUUGCAUCUGAAUCAAGACCACAUGUUGAGCGGCAUGAACGUCAAGAUAACUCAUCCGACGCAAGGUCUCUCAUUUCCAAGCUAACUGAGGAGAAAAACUCUGCCAUUCAGCAAAAUAACAAGCUUCAGCAAGAACUUGAACUCAUGAGACGUGAAGCCAAAAGAAACCCAAGCGGUUUUGCAUUCAUAUACGUAUUUCUUGUUGCCUUGAUCGGCAUCAUUUUGGGAUACCUCUUGAAAAGAACAUGACUGCCGCCAAGUACCCUUCUUCGUUCUUUUAUGCAACUUCAUGGCUGUAAAAAUGAAAUGUAGAAAACUGGAAAAACAAAUGUUUGAUUGACGAAUGUAUUGCUUACUGGUCUGAAUGGUCACUAGAAAAAAACAUGUCCAAUAUGUGACAUGUAAGAAGCAAUGUUUUUUCACUGUAUUACCCUGCAUCGACAGUUGAUCUUUCAAGUGGGAAUUACUGGAUUUCAUA